AUGGAUCAAGCGAUGGAUAUUAACGCCUUCGAAGGCCGCAUCGUUAAGAUGGAGGUCGACUAUAGUGCGACGUGCGACGAAAAGAUCCCUCAGUGCAAGGAGAUGGCCAAGGAUGAGCACAAAUUCAACGAAGCGCUCGAGAUUUUGCUUCAGCUGGAGAAGCAAACCCGCAUCGGUGCAGACAUGGUCUCGAGUGCCCGCGUGCUCAUCGCCAUCGUGCAAAUUUGCUACGAAGCGCACAACUGGAACUAUCUGAACGAGUACGUCACGAUCUUGGUGAAGCGUCGUUCCCAGUCGAAGCAGGCCGUGGCAAAAAUGAUUCAAGAGUGCUGCACCUACGUCGAUAAGACGCCGGACAAAGAAACAAAGCUCAAGCUCAUCGACACGCUGCGCACGGUAACCGAGGGCAAAAUAUAUGUUGAGGUAGAACGGGCCCGGCUCACCAAAAUGCUAGCCGACAUCCGUGAGGCGGAUGGAGACGUCACGGGGGCCGCUACCAUAAUGGAGGAACUGCAGGUGGAGACGUAUGGUACGAUGGACAAGCGCGAAAAGGUCGAACUUAUACUGGAGCAGAUGCGACUGUGCUUGGCCAAGCAAGACUUUGUUCGGACGCAAAUUAUUGCGAAAAAGAUCAACAUAAAGUUUUUCAACGACGCCGAGCAGCAAGAUCUCAAGCUCAAGUAUUACGACCUAAUGAUCCGGCUCGACAAAGAUUCGUCGUUUAUUAAAACCUCGCGGCACUACUUAGCGGUGGUCGACUCGGACAUGAUGGCGCAGGAAACGGAACGGCGUCAGAAAAUGAUGAUCUACGCCGUAUUGUAUUGCAUUCUGUCGCCUUACGACAACGAGCAGGUCGACAUGAUGCACAAUUUGUCCAAAAACAAGCUUCUGGAAGAGCUGCCUGUUUACAAAGAACUGUUGCGUCUGUUUAUGUGCAAAGAGCUCAUCAACUUCGACGCCCUCUGCACGGUGUACGGUAGAGAGCUGAAUACAUUCGACAUGUUCAACCAAGAGACCAGCCACGGCAAGAAGUGUUGGGCCGAGCUAAAGAAUCGGCUCAUCGAACACAACGUACGGAUCAUCUCCAACUAUUAUACUCGCAUCAACCUGAAGCGCAUGGCUGAGCUAUUGGAUCUAAGCGAGCACGAGUGCGAGGAGUAUUUAUCGCGGAUGGUCAACGCCGGCACGCUUAAAGUGAAGACGGACCGACCAGCAGGUAUCAUUCACUUUUCGCAGAAGAAGUCCGCCUCGGAGGUGCUUAAUGAUUGGGCGUUUGGGUUAAACGAGCUGAUGAAUUUGGUGAACAAAACUUGCCACCUAAUCAACAAGGAAGAGUGUAUCAACAACGUAAUGCCAAUGCCAGUAGCUGGGGCAUCGACGUCGUAAAGACUGGAACUAAACAUAAUCUCCAAAACAGGAAACCUUUCACUUUCCCUGCCUUUUUUCGAAUUGGCAUUGUUCUGACAGAACACAGAAUUGAUAUGUCUUAUUUGCUCCAAUGAUAAUCUGCA